AUGCUUAGAAUCACGCACCUCGCACGCACCGCAGCGUCGCGCGGCACCCGCUCGUACUCGUCGGGCAUGUUUACCAAGGAGUCGUACAAGGCCUCCAAGGAGCACGCGCGCACUGCCGUCGAGACCUGGCGCAAGAUCUCGCUGUUCGUCGCCAUCCCGUCGGUCGCCAUCAUGUGCUACGUGUCCACCAAGGAGGAGCUGGACCAUAUCCACCACCUGCAGCACGACCCGCCGACCUUUGUCGGGUACCCGUACCUGCACGUGCGCAAGCGCAAGUUCCCAUAUGGUGACGGCGAGCACACGCCGUUCUGGAACCCCCUGACCAACCCCGACCCCGAGGAGUAA